CCUUGGUUCUAUUUUACUCCGCAUACGGAAUUACGGAGUAUAGGCCGUAUCAAAUUUCCCUCCUUCCUCAUCUCAAACCCGGAACUGCCAUAGCUCACCACCGCAUUCUCAACCGUCGGCCGUCUGAAGAAACGGUUUCAUUUUAUCGUCAUCGUCCAUCCAAAACGUUGCGAUUUCCCCCCUCCUCUUUUUUUUUUUGUUUUAUUAAUAUUUUGAUUUUGAUUAUCGACUAAACUCAGCUUCCGUCCCUUACAUACUAUGCUCGUUAUUCCAAAUCUCCCAAUAAACCUCACUUCCUAUGAUUUUUAAUAAUUCUCAAUUAAAUCAGCUCUAAUCGUUUUUGGAUUACCAUAUUAGUUCUAGAAAAUUUGACUGCUUAUACGUUUUGGCUAAAAACCCUCAAUUUUUCAAAAACCCCAAAUAUUCAAUCUUCUCAAGAUUCAGCCUUGAUGUUAAUUUAUCCUGGAUUUGCGGCGUGAAUUCUGGUUCUUGGUAACUACGGAUCACCUGGCUUCAUUGAAGCCGGGAAACGCAGAAAGUUGAGUGGUCUUAUGAGUUUUUGCGGGAGAUGGUAAGUAAUCAGGAGGAUGGGCAGAAAGACCCAUCGAGAGGUGGAGGUGGGGCUAGCCGGUCUUGGGGUACUGCCGCUUCAGGUCAAUCUGUAUCAACUAGCGGAAGCAUUGGGUCACCUUCAAGCAGGAGUGAGGCUGCCAUGGCCACUCCCGCAAAUGGAAAAACUUUGUCUCUACUAACUACCAUUGAUAUCCAUGCCGAUGAUGCUGGAUCCCGAUCCGUUUCUGGGAAGAAGAAAAGAGGUCAACGGGCAGUAUCAGGGGAUAAAUCUGGCAGAGGACUGCGGCAGUUUAGCAUGAAAGUGUGCGAGAAGGUGGAAAGCAAGGGACGGACCACAUAUAAUGAAGUUGCUGAUGAACUUGUAGCUGAAUUUGCUGAUCCUAACCAUGGCCUUUCAACUCCAGAUCAGCAACAUUAUGAUGAGAAGAAUAUUAGACGCCGUGUGUAUGAUGCUUUAAAUGUUCUUAUGGCAAUGGAUAUUAUUUCGAAAGAUAAAAAAGAAAUACAGUGGAGGGGUCUGCCACAGACAAGCAUAAACAAUAUUGAAGAGCUAAAGAAGGAGCGGCUUGGGUUGAGAAACAGGAUUCAGAAAAAAGCUUCCUAUUUAGAAGAACUGGAGGAACAGUAUGCAGGGCUUCAGAACCUCAUGAAACGCAAUGAACAGUUAUACAGCUCUGGGAAUACUCCAACUGGUGGCGUGGUUUUACCCUUCAUAUUGGUUCAGACUCGCCCCAAUGCAAUGGUUGAAGUGGAAAUAUCAGAAGAUAUGCAAUUGGUGCACUUUGAUUUCAACAGCACUCCGUUUGAGCUACACGAUGACAAUCAUGUUCUCAGAGCAAUGAAAUUAUGUGAGAGACCAAACAGGCCCCAUGCUGCGGGCCAGCCCUCUGCAUCGUCCUCAUCACCGCCCACUACUCUCCCCGGAAUAUUAAAAGCCCGAGCAGUUAUGCACGAACACCCUCCUUCAACUACUACUACUACUUAAAUCUCUUCCAAAUCCAAUGGCCAUUCUGAGGAUCCUUUUAUAUGCAUAUGCUUAAUCCCAUAGAGUAACAUUUCCUCUUAGUAACACUAGCAGAUGAUGGGUUUUUGCUUUUCAGUUAGGUAAGAGGAACCCGAACCCCAACGCAUAUGUAUAUCUCUCCUAGCAGGAACGUCAAACGUGAUCCACAUUUCGACACAGGAUGGGUCUAGAC